GCAUGUACACUAGAAUGUGAAGGAAAGCUGCCUUCUGCCAAAGCCUGGGAGACCUGCAAGGAACUCCUGCAACUAGCCAAGCUGGAUCUUUCCGAGGAUGGCAACGUUGCUCCAGGAGACAAGAAAGACUUGGAUGAGAACCACUUACUCACAAAGAAGUAUGGCGGCUUCAUGAAAAGAUACGGGGGGUUCAUGAAGAAAAUGGACGAGCUCUAUCGGGUAGAACCGGAGGACGAAGCUAACGGAGGAGAAGCCCUGGCUAAGAGGUACGGAGGGUUUAUGAAGAAAGGCUCGGAUGACGAUGACCUUGCCAAUUCCUCUGAUCUGCUGAAGGAGCUCCUAGGAACAGGGGAUAACCCUGAAGCAGGGCAUUACCGAGAGAUCAACGAGAAUGACGGGGACGUCAGCAAAAGAUACGGAGGCUUCAUGAGAAGCGUAAAGCGCAGCCCCGAACUGGAAGACGAAGCCAAAGAGCUGCAAAAGAGAUACGGUGGGUUCAUGAGAAGAGUGGGCAGGCCAGAGUGGUGGCUGGAUUACCAGAAACGAUACGGUGGCUUUCUCAAGCGCUUCGCCGACUCCGUUCUCCCUUCAGAAGAAGAUGGGGAAACGUAUUCCAAAGAGGUCCCAGAGAUGGAAAAGAGAUAUGGUGGAUUUAUGAGAUUUUAAUACCUUUCCCUUUAUCCCCUUUGUCCUAGAGAAGAAAGACUGCCUUAUUGGUCAUAACUUAUUGUAACGUGUUGCUUGUACUGUACAGUUUUUUACUGUCCUUGGUUAACGAUGCAACCUUGCGAUUUGUUGUUUUAGGUUCUGUGUUCUUUCGAGUCAAGUAACUAAUUCCUGGUUUAGUCCCGUUUCAGUCUGUAUAGUAGUUUCCAUGCUAGAACUAUUUUAUUUACUGUAUUCAUUUUCUUUAAAAAGGAAGUACAUCUACAGUAGAAUUAACUGUGUAUAUAAUAAAUUCUUCAUCCUAACUGCAUAAA